GUUCUUGCUUGAAAUAUUCUCUGCCGAGCCAAAUAUUCUGGUUAUUUCUCUUGCUAUAUAUACAUCACCAUUCUUCCUCCAGUUUCCUCAUCCCUUCCAGUUCUCUCUCUCUCUCUACUAGUUGUUUGUUCCCCAUCAUACAACCAUGGUGUUCUCUAGACCAGCUUCCGAGUCCGAUUUCUCGGUUAUUUCAACCUCUGGCUCUCUCUAUGUCCGGGAUUCACUCCCUAAGUAUAAUAUGCAGGAGAACUCGAUACCAAAGGAGGCUGCAUACCAAAUAAUACACGACGAGUUGCUCCUUGAUUUCAAGCCAAAGCUGAACUUGGCUUCCUUCGUCACCACGUUGAUGGAGCCCGAAUGUGACAAACUCAUAAUGGAGUCCAUCAACAAGAAUUACGUUGACAUGGAUGAAUACCCUGUUACCACCGAACUUCAUAAUCGUUGCGUCAACAUGAUAGCACAUCUCUUCAAUGCUCCACUGGGAGACUCCGAGGAUGCGAUUGGAGUUGGAACAGUCGGGUCAUCUGAGGCAAUAAUGCUGGCUGGCCUUGCAUUCAAGAGAAAGUGGCAGAACAAGCGCAAGGCUGAAGGGAAACCUUACGACAGGCCUAACAUUGUCACUGGUGCCAAUGUUCAGGUAUGUUGGGAAAAAUUUGCGAGGUACUUUGAGGUGGAGCUGAAGGAAGUUAAGGUGAGGGAAGGGUACUACGUGAUGGAUCCUGUCAAAGCUGUGGAAAUGGUGGACGAAAACACCAUUUGUGUUGCUGCUAUCUUGGGCUCCACCUAUAAUGGAGAAUUCGAGGAUGUCAAGCUCUUAAACGACCUCUUGCUAGAAAAGAACAACCAAACUGGAUGGGAAACUCCUAUUCAUGUAGACGCAGCAAGUGGUGGAUUCAUUGCGCCAUUCAUUUAUCCAGAGCUCGAGUGGGAUUUCCGUCUUCCAAUGGUAAAGAGUAUUAAUGUUAGCGGCCAUAAGUAUGGGCUUGUGUAUGCCGGAAUUGGUUGGGUUAUCUGGAGGGGCAAAGAUGACCUGCCUGAAGAUCUUGUCUUCCACAUCAAGUACCUUGGAGCAGAGCAAUCCACCUUCACCCUCAACUUUUCUAAAGGUUCUAGUCAAAUUAUUGCUCAGUAUUAUCAACUAGUCCGCUUGGGCCAGGAGGGGUACCGUCAUAUAAUGGAGAAUUGCCACGAAAAUGCUAUGGUGCUGAAGGCGGGGUUGGAGAAGACAGGGCGCUUUAACAUUCAGUCAAAGGACGAUGGGGUUCCAGUGGUGGCGUUUUCUCUGAAGGAAAAGAAAGGAGGUCACGAUGAGUUUGAAGUCUCUGAAAUGUUGCGGCGCUUUGGUUGGAUCGUGCCUGCCUAUCCCAUGCCACCGGAUGCUCAGCAUGUGAUCGUGCUCCGUGCCGUCAUCAGGGCUGAGUUCUCCCGAACCCUGGCAGAGCGCCUCGUGCACGACAUCUCCAUUGUGCUGCAUGAGCUCGACAAGCUCCCCCCAAAAGUCUCUGCCGAAGGGAAAGAAGCUGGGGCUGUCACUGCUGCUGAUGAAGAGAAUGGAAAUAUCAACGGUGCUGUGCACAAGAGAAAGAGUGACUUGGAAACACAGAGGGAAAUCACUACGUACUGGAAGAACUAUGUCGUUGCUCAGAAAACUAUAAAGCGCCAAAAAGUAAUGGCCUCCUAAUUAAGGAUCAGCACUGAUCUCCAACUACUACUACUACUGAUCAGGAUAUAUUUAUGGGUCCUGAAACACAACAUUUUUCAAAAACUUAACCUUAUUUGUCUGUUCAGUGUUUAUGAGGCUUACCUAUAAAUUAAAAGCUUUGAUU